UAUGUAGCAGCUGCAGGCAUGUGAGGGAGCCAUGUUCUACUGGAGGAUGUUGGAAAAGCAAGUCUCCACUUAUGCUGACUGCCAAAAGGUUAGAUGGCCUGAGCAAAAACCACCUUCUUCCUCUGGAGUAUCCAAAGUUUCCUUCCCCUGGUCACGGAAGCGGUAGGAAGCUUAUUGUGUGCACAUAUGCAUAUUUUUGCGGACUUUUUUGCUAGUCUUUUUUGUCACCAGCAUGUAGGGGUUGAGAAGCAAUGGGAAAAUUGGCUAUGGAUUCUGAAUCAAAGAACAGUUUCAUAGGAAGCUUUCUUCACCCACCAGAUAAGAUGCUUCCUGCAGCCCUUGCUUAUACAGAAUCAAAGAAGUUGGCAGCUGUUAGUGGUGACAGGCCUUCUAUCCCCAAUAACCACGCUGUGGUGGCAGCCCUGAAAACUCUUCAAGAAAAGAUCCACCGUCUAGAGUUGGAGAAGUCACAGGCUGAAGAUAAUCUGUGCAGCCUCUCCAUAGCAGCUGCUCAGUAUAAGAAGGCCUUAGAGCGUGAAUCCAACAAAAAGGACAUAGCACAUCAAGAACUGAUGCAACAGAGGAAAGAUGUAAGUGUGCAGUUAAAUGCAGCACAAUCUCGCUGCUCCCUGCUGGAGAAACAGCUGGAUUACAUGAAAAAAAUGGCUUCCAGUGCGGAACUGGAAAAGAAAAUGGUUUCAGAACAACAGGCCCAGCUUCAGGAAGAGGAAGAUCAGAACCGGUUAGAACUGCAUGAGAAACUUGAAAAACUUGAAAUGCUAGAAAAAGAAUGUCUUAAACUUACUGCUACUCAGAGAAUUGCAGAAGACAAGAUCAAACGCUUAGAGGAAAAGCUUCGUACACAAGAGCAUCAGCGUAAACUAAUGCAAGACAAAACUGCUCAGCUUCAAACAGGACUGGAGAUAAACAGGAUUUUGAUGUCUUCUGUAACAUCUCAAAGUGAACCUAAAAAGGAAAAUGGGAAGAAGAAACAAACUAAGAAGAGAACUCCUACAGUGAAGAAAAUGCACCUUUCACAAUUACAUAUAAAGGCUGGUGAGCUACCUUUUGUGGCUGGGAAGUCUGUCAGUUCCAGCCAUUCUGUUGGUGCAAACGUACAAAGCAUGUUGCAUACUAUGAAGCAUUUCAAUCCACGUAUCUCAUCACGAAGCCAAGGAGGAGCUACGUCUGGGAUUUCAGGACACAGCGCACUUUCAAAAUCUGUAUCCUCUUGUUCCACAUCACCUACUGCCACCAGAAGUCUUUCAGAGCUUGUGUUGGCCAUGCAAGAUGAGCUGGGCCAAAUGAGCUUUGAACAUCAAGAACUUCUGAAGCAAGUACGGGAGGCUCAAGACUCCAGAGUUCGUGAAGACCUAGAAUGGGAGCUGGAUUGCCUCGUAAAACAAAUGGAGAAUAAAGAAGAACAAAUAUCCAAGCUGAAAGAGCAUCAGGCUACUGUGCAGAAAUUAAAGAAAAAAAAUCAGAAAUUGAAGCAAGGGGCAGCUCAUGUCAAACUAAAGUGUGAUGGCCAAAACGAAGCAAAGGAGAUUGCAGUCACUUUAAGGGAAAGUAUGUCUAAAUCUUGUCCCGGGCACAAACGCAGAAGCUCUCUUCAGCUGCUAAAAAAUGUGCAGAAGCUUCAGUCGGCACUGAAAAAAGAUGAUAUUGUGUGGGAACAAUAAUUACUGUGUUAAGAAAUUUUUGAAGUUGUCUUAUAGCUAGUAAAUUUUAAAUUUCACAAAAUACUAAACUGCCUACUCCCUAGUAGGUCAGUUUGUUCACCUCAGAAUCAACUUUCAUGUAGGGUAGCUAUAAUUCAACUGCACUGACUUGUAACGAAGUGUUUUAAUGGAUUAAUAAAAUGCUUACUUGUUAACUUGUCAAAUAAAAUUUUAUACAUUUUAUACACUUAAAA